GCAUCUCUCUCUCUCUCUCUCUCUCUCUCUCUCUCUCUCUCUCUCUCUCGGAUUCUCUGUAUAUAUAAAAUCUCCAUGUUUGCCGAAAGGGUCUAUUGGGUUAGGUUGCGUUUUAGUUGAGAGCUCUUCUCUGUUACUUUCUCGAACUGUUUCUCUGCACUUUUCCAGUGUAAGUUCUGUCAAAGUUUUUUCCUUUUUUCUUUGUUGAUGGGUUCAUGUGGAGGGGGUCACAGGAGAAGAAACAAGAACAGGACAGUGGAAGUGUGUUCGGUGUUAGAUCUGAUGAUACCCAAUUCAGAUCUUUGUUGUAAUAUAAUAAGUUCAAUGUAUGAACACUGAAUUUAAUUAGGGGACAGACCCAGAGAAAAAAACCAGAGCUUUGAGAUCAAAGAGAUAUCUGAUCAUCAUCUGAGUCAUAAAAGAAAGAAUAAUUGCUGUUGGGCUAUGAAGAGACUAAGCAUCUCAGAUUCUGUUGGCGGUCUGAUUUCCGUCUGCCCCACUACUUCUACAGAUGAGCAGAGUCCGAGAGGGUACGCGAGAGAAUACCAGACGAUGCUUGAGGGUUACGAGGAAGAGGCGGCCAUGGGGGAGGAAUACUCGGGAAACGGCCACGUGGGUCUGUCGGAGAAGAAGAGGAGAUUGAGCGUUGACCAGGUAAAGGCUCUGGAGAAGAACUUCGAGCUAGAGAACAAGCUCGAACCGGAGAGGAAAGUGAAGCUGGCGCAAGAGCUUGGUCUUCAGCCGAGACAAGUGGCGGUUUGGUUCCAGAACCGACGCGCCCGGUGGAAGACGAAGCAGCUCGAGAAGGACUAUGGCGUCCUCAAGGGCAAAUACGACGCCCUCCGCCUCAGCUUCGACUCUCUCCGCCGUGACAACGAUGCGCUUCUCCAAGAGAUAGCUAAACUGAAGGCUAAGAUAAACGGAGAAGAAGACAACAGUGCGACGGAGAGUGAUGCAUCGGUCAAGGAGGAAGAGAUGUCGCUGCCGGAGAGGAAUCUCAAAACCCUAGAGCAGACGGAGCCAUCGUCUCCUCCUCCGCUCCUUGAUCAUUCCGCCGAUCUCAACUACCGGAGCUUCACCGACCUACGCGAUCUCCUCCCUCACGUUGCGGCUUCAUCCUCCGCCGCAGCCGUAGCCGCCAUCGCCGACGCCGGAUCUUCCGAUAGCAGCGACUCGAGCGCCAUCGUGAACGAGGAGAGCAGCUCCACCGCAAGGGUGGAACCCGCGGCGGUUUCCGGCGGCAAUUUCUUCCAGUUCGUGAAGACGGAGCAGACGGAGGAGCACGACGACUUCCUCAGCGGAGAAGAGGCUUGCGGCUUCUUCUCCGACGAACAACCGCCGUCUCUCCACUGGUACUCCGCCGCAGAUCACUGGACCUGAAAAUGAUUUCCGAUGAGAAUUCGCGGAAAAUUCGGUGGCCGACGCGCAGACGACUCUACGAAAAAAAUGGUAGAUUUCGACGGAGACGGCAAGGCAGAGGGAGGGCAAAUUGGAAAUAACAACGAAAUCGAAGGGUGAAGAAAUAAGGAAGGGUUGGAUAAGCGCGGGAAUAAUCAGCUAGGGUAAAAUUGUAAUUAUGGUCGGUCUCUCGUUUAUUGCUUCUUGUAAUCAAAGCAUUAGUAGAGGGAUUAAGGAACAUAAUCAAAUUCCACGUUCGAGAUUAA